UUAAUACUACCAAUUUCAUAUUCCAUUGCAUGAUCAAGGCCAAAACCGUCAUUUCCAUAAUUAUAGAGAGUGUUACCAUCAUCAUUAUUAUCAUGAAUCGACAGAAGAUCAUUGUCAUUCUUCUUUGGGGGCGUGAUCCCAAAAAAGUUAGUGAAUCAAUGAAUGAAUGAAUGCAUUGGAAUUUGGAGAACUCUAUUAGCUUGAACUGUCUGCAUUCUUCUUCUGUAUUAGUCUUAUAAUCUUUCUCUCUAUCUCUUAAUCACAUUCCAAUUCCACAGAGGCCAUGGAUUUUCAUGGAGGAAUACUCAGUACUCUUCUUCUUCUUUUUCUUCUCUCUAUUGCAAAUGUAUCACUUGGCAUUACUGAUCCAAAUGAUGCCAAAGUUCUAAAUGAUUUCAGAAAAGGGUUGAAGAAUCCUGAGCUACUAAAAUGGCCCAUCAAUGGAAACGACCCUUGUGGUCCUCCUUCAUGGCCUCACGUUUUCUGUACAGGCGGCAGAAUCACGCAAAUUCAGGUGGCUAAUCUUGGUCUUAUGGGUACCCUUCCUCCAAAUUUCAAUCAACUUACUAAGCUCUACAAUGUGGGUCUUCAAAGGAAUUAUUUCACAGGAAACUUACCCACUUUUAGUGGUUUAUCUGAUUUGCAAUUUGCUUACUUGGAUUUCAAUCAAUUCGAUUCCAUUCCUUCAGAUUUUUUCCAUGGUUUAAACAGUAUUAGGGUCCUUGCUUUGGAUAAUAACCCUUUUAAUUCAAGUACAGGAUGGACUCUACCUGAUUAUGAAAUGCUGCAGGAUUCUCUUCAGUUGACGAAUUUUUCAUGUUCAAGUUGCAAUAUUGUAGGUGGGUUGCCUGAUUUUUAUGGGAAUUUGCCAUCUUUAAUGUCAUUGAAACUAUCGUAUAAUAAAUUGUCUGGUCCAAUUCCGGAGUCUUUCCGGGAUUUGUCACUGCAAAUUCUAUGGUUGAACGAUCAAGAUGGAGGUGGGAUGACGGGUACGAUUGAUGUUAUUAAAUCGAUGACAUCUUUAACUGAAGUAUGGCUUCAUGGAAAUCAAUUCACGGGUUCUAUUCCAGAUGAAAUUGGCGAUCUGACUAGUUUAAAACAGCUCAAUCUUAAUGGAAACAAACUCGUGGGUAUGAUUCCAUCAAGCUUAGCUUUAAUGGAUCUGCAUUUGUUGGAUCUGAAUAAUAAUAUGUUAAUGGGUCCAAUUCCAGAGUUCAAAUCUGUCAAUGUUUCAUUCUCUUCCAAUUCUUUCUGCCAGAAAUCUCCUGGUCUUCAAUGCUCCGACGAAGUUACAUCACUGUUACAGUUCCUCCGGGAGAUCAAUUAUCCGUCGAUUCUUGCAUCUGAUUGGUCCGGUAAUGAUCCUUGUCAAGGUCCAUGGUUGGGAGUGGGUUGCAAUCCACAGGGGAAUGUUUCUGUUCUAAAUUUACGUAAGCAGAAUGUUAAUGGAACGUUGAGUUCUUCCCUGGGGAACUUACAUUCGCUGAUGGAGAUUCAUCUUGGGGAGAACAAUCUUUCCGGUCAAGUGCCGGAGAAAUUAACCCACUUAAGAAUGUUAAGAAUGUUGGAUAUUAGUGACAACAAUUUCGCUCCUCCUUUACCGUUAUUCCCUGCCGGCGUCAAGAUCAUCGUAAAUGGCAAUCCUUUACUGGCCGCCGACCGGUCUCUUCAAUUCCCUCCACCGAAAUCGAAAUCAAAACCGGAGUACCCGAUUGGCGUUUUGAACUCAACUGGGUCUGCCCCGACUCUAGUUGAACAACCUCGACCAGGAAAAAGCAAGAUGAAAACGAUUUUGAUUCUGAUUGCAGCUGUUUGUAGUGCAGCUUUGAUUCUUCUGUUUGUUGUGUUUUACUUAAAGAAGACUAAAAAAGAAGCUUCUAAGGACGCCAUUGUUAUCCAUCCUAAGGAGUCUUCUUUUGGAGUUGAUGAUAACAUGGUAAAGGUAUCUGUUUCUAAACAAUGUAUUCAAGAUGGAGGAAGGUUAGCCAUCUCUGUUCAUGUCUUACGAAAAGUGACAAAUAAUUUCUCUUCCGACAAUGAAAUUGGGCGAGGCGGAUUCGGCGCAGUUUACAGAGGCGAAAUGGAAGAUGGAACUAGAAUAGCAGUUAAAAGAAUGGAAUCGGGUGUGAUUACUAACAAAGCAUUUGAUGAAUUCGAAGCUGAAAUCGAUGUUUUAUCUAAAGUUAGACAUAGAAAUUUAGUAUCUCUUCUGGGUUAUUGCGUUGAAGAAAAAGAAAAGCUUUUAGUUUAUGAAUACAUGCCUCAAGGUGCAUUAAGCAAACAUCUUUUCCGAUGGGAAAGCUUUGAAGGAAUGGAACCACUUUCAUGGACAAAAAGACUUUACAUUGCUUUAGAUGUCGCUAGAGGAAUGGAAUAUCUUCAUGGCCUUGCCCAUCAAAGCUUCAUUCAUCGUGAUUUAAAAUCUUCAAACAUAUUGUUAGAUGAUAAGUUCAGAGCCAAAGUAUCUGAUUUCGGAUUGGUUAAACACGCACCUGACCGUGAAAGAUCAGUCGUCACCAGACUCGCCGGAACAUUCGGAUACCUUGCACCUGAAUACGCCGUGACGGGUAAGAUAACAACGAAAGUGGAUGUGUUCAGUUUUGGAGUAGUGUUAAUGGAGAUAUUAACAGGUUUAGUAGCUCUAGACGAGAAACGGGUAGAAGAGAAAAGGUAUUUAGCAGAAUGGUUUUGGAAAAUGAAAUCAGACAAGGAGAAAUUGAUGGGUUCAUUGGAUGUCGUCGUGGGAGGUCCGAUGAAUGGAAUAGAAAGGGAAGUGAUAGUGGAGGAGAUGUUGGUUGUGGCUGAACUGGCUUGGCAUUGUACGGCGAGGGAUCCGAUUCGUCGACCUGAAAUGGGUUAUGCUGUAAAUGUGUUGUCGGCAAUGGUGGAGAAAUGGAAGCCAUUUGAGGGAAAUGGGGAGGAGAUGAUGAUGAUGAUGAUGGAGGUGGGGGAAGAUGAUCAGUAUUCUUUGCCGUUGCCGGAGUUGUUAAAAGGGUGGCAAGAAUUGGAAAGUAGUAGAGAUUUGACGACGACGACGGGGAGUUUCAAUUUGGAGGAUAGUAAGGGGAGUAUUCCGGCUAGGCCGACUGGUUUUGCAGAUUCUUUCAAUUCAAAUGAUGCCCGUUGAUUGAUGAUGAUGUUAUAAUUAUAUGUAUUUCUUCUUGUAUGGUUACUACUGUAAUUGUUAUAGUUGUUUUUCUUAAGCUAGUUUCCAUUAAUGGAGUUAGCUAAUUGUUAACUGUUAAGCUAGUUUCAACCAAGAGGUUUUCAGGGUGCAAUUUGUUU